GUAUACUAACACUAUAGAGUUUAUUGUUGUAGUUUACGGUUAAGCUUAACAGGCGUAAAAACUUUGAAAUAUUCAAUGAUAUUUCAGUAAUCUAAAGUAAAUGUGUGAGAUAUUAUGGUAUAUUCUGCGGACAAAAGAAGGUAACAAAAUAUAUAACAUUCUUUCGCUUAUAAGUUAUAGUUGUAAGUGUGACUGAGUGAAGUGUACGUCAGAUUUCUAACGUUAUAUUACUUAUUAAGCCUGACGUAUAAUUAUUUGUAACUUAUAAGUUAUAAAAGCUAUGUACACUUCACGGGGUUAAGAAUUUAUCUUUUUAAUUAUCAAGCCAUGGCAAUGUUUGAAAGUGGCAUGCUUAUUUUACUACUGAGGUAGCAGAAUAUGUGUUGAUUCAUAAUGUCGACUGAAAGUGAAAGCGUAAAAUAUAUCGCCAAAAAACUUGGUGUGAGAUUUAAAUCCCCAGCUUUGGUUUUGGUGUACGAAGACUUGACGACUAAAAAGCUUCACAGGCGCACUAUGCCUGUAAGAGGAAUGUUCAAAAAUUCAAGUGCUAGCCGAUUGGCUGCGGAUAUCAAGGACAGACAUAAAGAUUUUUUGGAAUCUGUACCAGCAGUAAGAAUAGAAAAGUUAUUGCGAAUAAUCCAAGAAAACAUGAAAGGCAAUGUCCUAGAUCUAAGUUUGAAUGUAGUUGAAACAGAAUUUUCUGUUAACCCCGAAGAAGAUCUUAAUAAACUUGAUGAUGAAUCAUUGAAAAGGAAGAAAGAGAUAAUGGAUCAGACAUUUGAAAUGAACAGAAAAAAACCAGGUGAUACGGAUUACCAAUAUGAUAUACAGGUCGAUUUUGACCAGGAUCCUGGCCCAGUUGAAACUUCCGAAUGGGACUUGGACGACAAUGAUGAUGAAUUUUAAUUAAAACAUCUGGAAUAUUUUAAAAUAAUUUCAUGUAUCUUGUAAUUAAUGAAAAACAAGAUAUAUCAUUUUUUAAUUAUCCUUCCUCAAUUGUAUCUUCCAUAGUAUUUCUUAGUUUUUUGUUCAGCGUGUUUCAUAAUUGCCUCAUUUUAGUUGUUUAAUUUGAAAGCCAGCUUAUUCUAAUUCAACUGUCAAUUAUAUAUAUAUAUAUAUAGUUGUUAAUGGUUGUUUUGAUAUAUGUAUAUUUCUUACCUUAUU